AAAAGGGUGCCAUUGGUUCUGAGGUGCGGCAGUCAGAGGCGUUUGGUCGAGCAGGAGCAUCCACGCAAGUCGUGAUGGAUCCGCCUGCAGAAGGUCCUCCCACGAUUCGUCUGCAGAGCGAGUCGAGGACGCCCGUGGACAGAUCUUCGUCCGCAUCGCUCGGGAUGCCGUCCCCUUCAGGAGGACCAAACAGCGCCGGCAAACAGGUCUGUCGAAGGAAGGCCAAUAGAGGGAGGACUCAUAGACUCAUAUAAUUCGCAUGUGUGUGUGCUCUCAUCAGACCCAGCGCGUUGUGUUUGCUUGCCCAGAGUUUGAGGAUCUGGCUGACGAGCUCGUCACCAUGAACCCCUGCUUCGUCAAAGGUCAGUGAGUGCAGUGCAUCUGCAUCAGGGACAGCCCAGCAGACGCACGCACACAUGCUGGUGGAAGUGUAAUGUGUGCAAUGUGUGCAAUGUGUGCGUGUGUGUGUGUGUGUGUGGGCCAACCACCCAUGGAUGGCUUCAGGCAAGAUAACCUGGGGCAGGUUUGAGGACGGCUUCCCCAACAUCUCGGUGCAGGACUGGCACUGCCACCUCCGCGGCAAACACGUCAUAUUCCUCGCAAGCUUCAUGCUCGAACACGUCAAGACCUCCAUUUUCGACCAGGUGUGUGCCAUUUCUGCACCGCACCCACCAGACAGAGUGACGGACUCUUUUGAAUCCUUUCGCGCCCUGAUUGAUUUGAUUGUGUGUAUCUGUCCGUAUCUGUUGGACAGAUCUCUGUGAUAUAUUCGGUGCCCCGGAGCUUCGCCAAGUCCCUCACCGUGUUUCUGCCCUAUUUCCCCACAGGCACCAUGGAACGGUCAGCCAGCCGCUCAGCCACAUAUCAUUCACACACAAACAAACAAAGAGACCACUGACUGUAUGUGUCUGUCCUCUCUUGAUUGGUUCAUUCAUUCAUCCAGUGUGGAGAAGGAGGGGCAGAUAGCGACGGCCAAGACGCUGGCUCGCAUCCUCUCAGCCACACCCAAGUGUCACGGUACCGGGCCGGCCCAGUGGGUGUUCUUCGACAUCCACGCGCUGCAGCAGAGGUUCUACUUCGGCGACGAGAUCAUUCCUGUCCUGCUCACGGCCAUUCCCCUCUUCAAAGACGCCAUCGCGCAUCAAAGCGGUGAGGCGCGCAAACACGCCCGCACACACACACACGCGGCACUUCUGGUCUUCGUGUCUGGGUGUGUGUGGGUGUGGGUGUUGGGGGGGAUUGCUCAGAUGUGGCGAUAGCGUUUCCCGAUGAGGGCGCGCGAAAGCGGUUCGGUCGUCAGUUCGACGACGAGCAUUACGAGCUGAUAACGUGCAGCAAGGUGCGCAACGGCGACAAGCGGAUGGUCAAGAUCACUGAGGGCGACCCCACCGGCAAGAACGUCUACAUCGUCGACGACCUGGUGAGCAAUCCAUCCAUUCGUCCAGCCAUGGAUUGGAUGGGUGGACGUGUGUGAGUCCAUGGCUGUGAAUGUGUGUGUGAUUAGGUCAAGACGGGCGGGACAUUGAUUCAGUGCAAGAAGGCACUGUUUGAGGCGGGGGCAGCGUCUGUCAGCGCAUUUGUCACCCAUGGGGUCUUCCCACAAGUCAGUCGACACACACAGACACAUGGACACAGAGAGACACAGAGAGAGCCCUGUAGGUGGUGCAUGCUGCUGCUGCUGCUGCUGUGUGGGUGUGUUCAUCCACAGGAGUCGUGGAAGCGGUUUGUGCCGUCGGCUGCUACUGCUGGUGGUGGUGGCAACGGCGAGGAGAAGAGCUUCAAGGACUUCUUCGUCACCGACAGCUGCCCCAUGGUACACACACACACUCACAUACACACACACAGAGAGAGAGAGAGGGGUGUGUGUGUGUGUGUGUGUCAGAUGUCGAAGAUUCUCGCGUCGACGCCGCCCUUUCGCGUACUGUCGCUGGCACCGGCGAUAUACAACUUCCUCAAGUUUGAGGACAGCACCAAGUUCUUCGGGUGAUGCAAUGCAUGUGGGUGGGUCGGUUCUCGUGAGUGA